AUGGACUCCAAGGAACAGCUUCGGGAUGCCGAGUCUUUCAAAAGACUCGCCUUUACGGCCAUCGCCAUCUCCACUGUGGCCACAUUGACCGCCAUCAUCGUGGUCCCCAUGUUGUACAACUAUAUGCAGCAUGUUCAAUCUAGCUUGGAUGAGGAGUUGGAGUUCUGUACUCACAGAUCUAACGGUCUCUGGGAACAGUACAAGGUUCUUUAUGGAGAGCACGCUGUUCGUGCUAAGCGCGAAGCUACAUUGCGCCGUAUUCCUCAACACCGCAACUUCCGCGGCCGUCGUGGUAUGAAGAGAACCCGCCAAGCUUAUGGCGGAGACUCUGGAUAUGGCGCUGCUCCCGCUCCAGCCCCUGUCCACUCUUACGGAGGCUCGGCCAACGUUGGCAGCUACAACCAAGGAGUUAGCGGAGGAUCUUCGGUUGGUGGAGGUUCAUGCUCUUGCGGUGUUGGCCAAGCUGGGCCACCAGGACCACCAGGCCAAGACGGAAAUGAUGGACAUGAUGGAAGCCCAGGUCAGGACGGUCACCCCGGUCCAGACGCCCCAGCCGGUCACAUCCCAUCUGCCGCUGACUUCUGCUUCGACUGCCCUGCAGGCCCAGCUGGACCAGCUGGAGGACCAGGACCAAAGGGCCCCAACGGACAGCCAGGACAGCCCGGUCCAGACGGACAGCCCGGAAACCCAGGAACUCAAGGACCACCUGGCCCAGCCGGACCACCCGGAAACAACGGACAACCCGGAAAUGCUGGACCACCAGGACAACCAGGGCAAGUUCACGAUGUCCCAGGCACUCCAGGCCCACCUGGCCCAGCCGGACCACCCGGUCAGCCAGGUCAACCUGGUCAACCAGGUGCCCCAGGAAGCUCUUCCCCAGGCCCACAAGGACCACCUGGAGAUGCUGGAGCUCCAGGAUCCCCAGGACAGCCAGGAGGCCCAGGACAAGCUGGUCCCGAUGGAGAGGCCGGAAACGGGGGUGGCUGCGACCACUGCCCACCACCACGUACCGCCCCUGGAUACUAA